UCGGACUUGUGGAAGUGUUUCUAAUUGGCUCUUCGACUUUGAAGGGGCUGGGUCUUGGCCUACUUGCUGAUUGGUCUGCGCCUCACCUGCCGAGCUUCCUGACUGGCUCAGUCGAUCCCGUCGCCCACGCCCAUUGGCCGCCCCGCCCCGUGUGUGUAAUCCGAUUGGCUGCGGCGGCCCGGCCCGGUAUCCGGGUAAGAUGGCCGCAGUCGAAGAGUGCUCGCCCUCCGUUCCUUGGAAGUCGGUGUCUCUUACUCACGUCGAGUAUCCCGCAGGUGACCUCACCGGCCAUCUUCUUGCCUACGUGAGCCUUGGGCCCAUUUUCGUCAUUGUUGGCUUCGUCACACUCAUCAUUUUCAAGAGGGAGCUUCACACGAUCUCAUUCUUAGGGGGGCUGUUUGUCAACGAAGGCGUGAACUGGCUAAUAAAGAAUAUCAUUCGGGAGCCGCGGCCUUGUGCAGAAAUCCAUCCGUCAGUGCAUUCGAUGUACGCCAUGCCUUCCAGCCACUCCCAGUUCAUGUGGUUUUUCUCCAUGUAUUCUUUUCUCUUCCUCUAUUUAAGAAUGCACCAAACAAACAACGCCAGGUUCCUGGACUUGUUGUGGAGACAUGUGUUGUCCCUCUUCCUCCUCACAGUGGCCUUCCUAGUCUCAUACAGCAGAGUCUACCUGAUGUACCACACCUGGAGCCAGGUCGCGUACGGAGGCGUUGUGGGAAGCAUCAUGGCCGUAGUGUGGUUUGUCUUCACGCAGGAGAUCUUAACGCCGUUGUUCCCACGGUUAGCUGCAUGGCCAAUAUCAGAGUUCUUCUUAAUCCGAGAUACCAGUCUCAUCCCAAAUAGCCUAUGGUUCGAGUACACGGUCACCAGAGCAGAAGCAAGGAACCGACAGCGUAAGCUGGGCACGAAGCUCCAGUGAACUCGGGAGGCUGUGGAAGCGGACUGCACGACUCUCUCGACCAGAGUGGGGCCAGACUAGAGACCUGUACAGAGAAGCUGGAGGAGGCUUUUAGGAGACGGACCAAAAGGAACAAGCAGGGACCAGGUUCUGAAGAUCCAGAGGCCUUGACAACUAGCUGGCUGCUCCUCGCUGCAUGCUGGGGAACCGAACUGGAGCAGAAUCCAUUUAUACUGCAGUUGCACAGCGCUGGUUGGGAUCUGACCCUCCUUUGGGGCCCAAUCCACCAAGGGAUGUCUCUUGCACAAGCCCCGCUCUCCCCAAGUGAACGGGAGAGGGCCACAACCCUCUUUCUUGUGCGGCUCCCGUUCCUUUUGAAACAAGGGCUUCUGUAAGACCAAACUCUGGUAGGUUGUGCUUGUGAAUUUGGGAAGUCAAGGGGAAGGGGAAACGGGGGGGGGAGGUCCGUGGUGGAUACGCCUAGCGUCUUGUCGAUAGGAGGGAAUAAGCAUAUAUAGCUCUGUGACUUUUUAUUAAUUUCCCCGCCCUCUUUUUUGCAGCAUGAGAUAUACACACUAUUUAUUAUUAUUUUUUUAAGAAACGGAACUGUUGGUUGCAAAGGCAAGGAAGGGAGUAACAGUUUGAUCAUGCAUUUUGGAAGGCGACGCAUUUAAUCCGGGGCUCAGCAGCGGCAGACGUAGCUCCAAGAGGCCUUUUUGUUUAGUUUUUCACUUUUCCAUGACUGUUUGGGACAUCUGGGUCCACCCUCGCUGCACUUUGUAACUAAAGGACUAAAGGUUUGCUUUUAACACUAGUGACACUUCUGCACGCAAAACGACACAGGAUGGGGUGCAACCUAGGGGGGGAUGUGUGUGUGUGUGUGUGUGUCAACACAGUGGCAAAACCUGCACUACACUUAUCUUUUUUAAUUUUUUCCUCUUUCAGAUUUUUAUCUGUUUACUGGGAGACACCCCUCCCCCUUUUUUGGUGUAAACUGAGUGCCAAGAAUUUGGUCUACAGUCCCAAACAAGAUCCCUCCCUUUCCCCAAUAAUGUUUACUCACAUCUGAGUAUCAAAUUUACCAUCUCUUUACCCCCCACCCCACCCUCUCCCCCUGAGCUCUUACUGCAAAUUUUGUUACCGAUUGUUUUAAAAUGCAAAAAAAAAAUGAAAUAAAAACCUUGAAGAAAGCCACUGUUAAGGCAUACCGAUGUUCUUAAUAGUUUAGAAUUAGCCCUAAGCUACCCCCUCCCAACUUUUAAAUACUCAAUAAAAUGUUUUUAUGGUCA